AUGGUCAUGCUGCGCCGACUCACCGGUUGUCUAUCAUCAACAGCUUCUGACAACGAUCCAACUCAACAACAACAACAACAACAACAAGAUGAUAAUCACUAUUCAACGGCGAAUAUCUUCUCUCAAAUAAUUUUUAUUCCGGAUUUCACAUCAAUGAAUACAAAUGCAGAUAAUGAAGAUCGAGCCUCGAAGUUAUUGUCAUCUGGUCUCUCGAACACGUCCACCACUACUAGCACCAUCACAAAUCGUGAAUGUGAAGUAGCUGAACUGCUAUGUGGUGUGCUCGAAUCGGUCUCAAAUAGCCACUCCUACACUUUCGAAGUUGAAGCAACCCUCGAUCAUGAGUCGAUAGACGGCGAAUUGAUCAACGACAUGGAAUACGAAGAUGAAACUGAAAGAUUAUCUGAUCCCGAUUGGAUUGACGGGGAACCAGAUGAAGAUAAAGCAUUGUGCAAAGAAUUUUCACUUGAUUACAUGACUAGGGCAGUUAAUUUUUAUGAUGAGAUUAAUCCGGAAACUGGAAAACGAAAGCGACGAUGGGAAACAGUGAAACAUCACUUUCGACGUAUUCCGCAUCAAAAGUAUCUCUCACGGUUUCGUCGUUAUCUUGAGCAACACGGAACGAAGAAGCAGAAGCUCGACAAAGUUGAUGAUUACGUGUUCGACAUGUUCGAACGGGCUCGGGAAAAUGCCUUACCUGUCCACGAUAUUGAUCUUCGUCGGUGGGCUCUUAAAGAAGCUAUGGAUGAGUCUUUACACAAUUUCGUGGCUUCGACUCACUGGCUGUACAAUUUUAAAUACAAACACAAUAUCAUUUCGCGCAAGGUGUCGAAGAUUGUGACAAAGCACCAUAUAGAAAAUCAGGAGAUGGUCAGAACCUCCGCAGAUCAGUUCGUAGCCGAUGUUCGCAAGCGUUUAUCCAAAUAUGAAGCGAAUGCGAUUAUUAACACAGAUCAAAGUGGAAUCCAACUCGAGCUGCACUCUACUCGAACGUUGAGCCACAAAGGAGAGAAAGUUACGAUCGGUUCUGUUCGCUCUGCCAAUGCCACCACCCACAGCUACACAGUGCAACCAUCAAUCACCCUCGAUGGCCAUCUACUUUCACCACUUUAUCUUUGCUUGAAAGAACCCAAAGGACAUAUGAGUGAAAACAUCCGCUCUCAUCUUUUGAAAGCUUCGAAUGUGGUGAUCACUUGCAGUAGUUCUGGAAAGCUCACGACAUCUCUAGUCGAAUAUUGGCGCGAUCACGUUCUCCUCCCAUCACUUGGUGAACGCAAGAAGUUCCUACUUAUCUCGGACUGUUGGGGAGGACAGACAUAUGGGAAGGGACUAUACGAUAAUAUUCCUGGAUGCGAAAGACUUGAAAUACCGAAGAAAACGACGGAUCAAAUUCAGCCAUUAGAUGUUUUUUUCAACAGGCAAAUGAAAGUCAUUCCUCGUCGUUUAUAUGAUCGUGUGCUACUUGAUGGACUUGACAUCAACAUGAGCGAACGUAAUAAUAUCAUUCGUCUUAUGUCUCUCACUCACAAUCAACUCUCUUCCAAAGUCUUUCGUCGAAUGAUUCAAUACGCGUGGUAUUCUAGUGGGUACACAGAUAAUCAUCCUGGGUCCUUCAAAACUAUGGGGUCUAAAACUCUUGGACACCUGGAAAUGAAUUCAAUUGCUGAGAAACAAUCGGAAGAAACGGAUACUUUGACUAGAAAAAGUGACGACAAUCCCAACCUACAGUUGUCUGUAAAUACCACAUCUAUACGACGAACACCAACACCCGUACAAGUUAUGACACAACAAGCCCUUCGACUUGCCGAAAAAAUUAAUGAUCAAUAUUUAACUUGUAAAAUAUGUUUGGAACCAUUCAAAGAUCCGAAAUGCUUAACGUGUCUUCACACAUUCUGCGAAGAAUGUAUUGAAAAUCAUGUUUCUGCUCAGAGAUCGUACAAAUACACAGAUUACCGUGAAUUCGCGUGUCCUAUAUGUCGAAAGAAGACGUCAAUUCCAACAGGUGGCGUUCACAAGUUGCCCGAUAACUUUCUCGUCGCCGGUUUAUCCGAAAUGAUUACUCAGAAGAGCGUUGGACCGAACAGUGCUGUUCGAGUUUUAGCAAAUUGCGAAAUCUGCAAAGCUGUUCACGAUCGUGAACGCGAAGCCACCUCGCGCUGUCUCGAAUGUCAAAAAUUUCUCUGUCGUCACUGCGUUCAAGCACAUCAAACCAUCACCGUCACACGCGACCAUUCGAUAUACGAAUUAGAAAUUGAAAAAGACAUUCUUUGCAAACAUCAUCCAACCGAAUUCGUUCGUUAUUAUUGUGAACAAUGUGAAGUCUGCAUUUGUAUUGCCUGUACAUAUGUCGAUCAUCGUGAUCAUCAAUUAACGGACUUUCGGACGGCUGCUAUGAAUCAUAAAGCUUAUAUAAUGGAUUGUCUUGAAAAUUGUAAAACACGUAUGGGAGAAUUAGAAGCUUAUAUGAAUGUCAUACGACAAUGUGAUGUUAACAUCGCUCAAAUUGAAGCGAGUAUUCAUGCGUUAGCAGCGACUUUUGAAAAAUCAUUACGUGUCAAAGAACAAGAACUGGUUGAACAGAUCACAAAGUUGUAUGGAGAUGAAACUGACGAAUUCAUUAAACGUCGAGAGGAAUUAGAUGAAUUUUACGAGCAAAUCAAGAAUACUUGUUCGUUGACAGAAUUAGUUAUUCACGGUAAAGAUAUCGAAUUAUUAUUGGUAAAAAAGCAAUUAUUAGAAAAAUUUCAUGAGUUACAAUCGGUUGAACUCGAACCAUUGCCUGAUAAUCUCAAUAUGCACAUCAAAUUCGAACCCGGACAACUAAAUUUAGGAAAAUUAACCGUUUCAGAAAUGACACCGACGGACGAUGAUGAAUGCGAAGGAGAAUUAGAAGACGAAGAAUAUUCAAAUAAUAAUAAUGCAUCGAUCAAUUCUCAUACUUCCUCUUCGACACAAAACAAAACUUUUUCUUCGAUUUCAACUCAAACAGAUGAUGUCACAACUACAACACAAGCAAUUCAGACAAUCGAUGAUUCUCUUUCAAACGGUGAUCUACUCGAGAAUGGAAAUGUGUCAUCGACAACUUCAUUACCAAUUGAUGAGAAUGGUAGUCUAUCACCAGCUCCAUCGUCGUCAACCUCAACAGAAAACGCGACAAAUAUCUAUGAACAAAGUAACAAGUUAUCACGUCGUGUUCGUCGUCUUCUCAAGCCGACAUGUAGUGUGGCUGUUUUACCCAACACUGAUGUUAUUAUUCUCGAUUGUGAACAAAAUCUCGCAUCAAUUCUUGACAAAAAAGGCAAAUUCAAAUAUUGUUUCACCAGUGAUAUUCCAACUGCUGAACAGAAAGGCUUUGCUGUCGCUAGUUUUUCAUCAACAGCAAAUGUUAGUAGCGCACCGGCUGGUGCCAGUCGAACUGUUCGUAUCCCAACUCAGCAGGGUUUAUUAUGUAUUAAAUUGAAAAACGAACGAGUUGGUGAAUUACCGUUUGGUUUUACCGUUCAUGCGUUUAAUUCGAUUUCGGAAAGUGACAAUUGA